AUGCCUGUUACCGCCAUCACCUCGUUCGAGCAGUUCAAAGAACUCAUUAACGGUAACAAACCUGUUAUAAUCGACUUCUGGGCAACAUGGUGUGGACCUUGCCGAGUUAUUUCACCCAUCUUCGAGAAGCUGUCGGAUGAACCCGCAUAUGGCGAUGUCGGAUUCUACAAAGUUGAUGUCGAUGAGAAUGCGCUGAUUUCUCAAGAGGUCGGCAUCCGUGCCAUGCCAACCUUUGUUCUCUUUAGAAACGGGAUCAAGAUUGGUGAAGUUGUGGGAGCCAAUCCACAAGGUCUGGAAAACUUUGUGGCUCAGGCUGUUCUAUAA